AUGUACGAUCUAGUGAUCGUUGGCGCCGGCAUCCAUGGGCUUAUCAUGGCCAAAACUUAUCUGGAUGUCUAUCCAGCUGCUCAGUUGUUGAUUCUGGACUCGGCUGAAUCGAUCGGGGGCACGUGGUCGUCCAAUCGACUGUACCCGGGCCUCCACUCGAACAACCUUGUAGGAUCUUAUGAAUACUCAGACUUCCCGCUCGAUCGAGUGACGCUGGGAAUCAACACUGGCGAGCACAUACCAGGCUCAAAGCUGCACCAAUACCUUCAAGCCUUUGCUGCUGAAUUUGAUCUGACCAGGCGGACGAAGCUUAAGUCGAAGGUUGAGAUUGUCGAGCGUCUAUCUCCAAACGAAUGGAAAGUCAGCUACCGAGAUGCGUCCAACCCAGUCGAAAGUGUGGUGACGAACAAGCUCGUCAUUGCUACUGGGCUGACAAACAAUCCGUUUAUUCCUCAAUUUCCCGGCCAGGACAGUUUUGAAGCUCCUGUCUUCCAUGUGAGGCAUCUCAAAGACCGUGUAGAUGGAUUGUUGAAGUCCGCCAGGAACGUCAUCCUCCUCGGAGGCUCCAAGUCUUCGUACGAUGUGGCAUACACCUUAGCUUCGCAAGGGGUGACUGUCGACUGGAUCAUCCGUGAGUCCGGCCACGGCGCCAACUGGAUGUCACCAUCCCUCGUCACACCUUUCAAAAAGAGACUUGAGGGUUUGGUGGGCGUCCGGUUUUUCACCUGGUUCAGCCCGUGUAUUUGGGGUGCCCAGGACGGCUUCGCGUGGAUUCGUAAUAUGCUGCAUGGUACUUGGGUUGGAAGAUUCUUCGUUGACAGGUUCUGGGGUAUUCUAACGGCCGAUCUGGAUGAGCGAACUGGAUAUAACAAACACCCCGAGACCGCAAAGCUGAGGCCAAAGCUCCCCACCUUUUGGCAUGCCUCCUCCCUGUCAAUCUUGAACUAUCCCACUGACAUCUUCGAGUAUGUCCGCGACGGAGCUAUCAAGGUUCAUGUUGCCGACAUCGAUCAUCUCUCGAAGGGAACUGCCCACCUGAGCAACGGCACAACAGUCAGUGCUGACGCUUUGAUCUGUUCGACGGGCUGGCACCACAAACCCUCCAUGAGGUUCCUUCCUGAAGGCAUAGAUGCAGAGCUAGGCAUCCCGCAUAAUUCUUCCGAACCAGAAUCCAAGCUUGUCAGUCGCGCCGAUAAAGAGAUUCUGGGACGCUUUCCUCGACUGAAAGACCAACCAGAAGCAUACCAGAAUUACAAGCCUCUACAACCGGCAAAGGACGAAGCCGUUGUCAACCAACGCCCUUUCCGGCUAUAUCGCUUUAUUGUGCCAGCCGGAAGCAUCAAUGACCCCUCCAUCGCUUUCCUGGGUAUCCUUCUCACCAUCCACACCGUUCCUGUUGCACAGGCCCAGGCACUCUGGAUCACAGCUUAUCUAAACAACCAGCUGUCUGCUCAACGACUCAGUUCCACGAAAAGCUUCGACCCGGACGUUGUGGCCUACGAGGCGAUCUUGCAGACCCAGUUUGGCAAAUGGCGGUAUCCGGGCGCCUUCGGGAAGCAAUUUCCGGAUUUUGUGUUCGAUGCGGUGCCAUACAUGGAUAUGUUGCUUAGGGACCUAGGACUAAGAUUCAGAAGGAAGAAAACCUGGUGGGCAGAGAUCUGGUAUCCAUAUGGUCCAGAGGAUUACAAGGGCUUGGUGGACGAGUGGCGGAUUAAAGUGAGUUGA